ACCAACCAGAAGGUGAACGAGCAGCGAAAAAAGGACAGCUUCACUGAUCCCAUUUGUGUCGAGGAGGAUGGCUUUGGAUGCCAGGGCCAUGCUGCCGGCGGCGGCGGCGGCGGCCGGCUCUGCCGUCGAUGUCGGCGAGGAGAGGCCAUGGUCCGGGAACGGCGGUGAUGGCGGUGGCGGCGGCGGAGACUCAUCGCCGGCGGUGGCGAUGGACUUGCUGGCGAUGUGGGGCGACGAGAGGAGGAUGAAGCGGGAGCUGGUGGCCUGGGCCAAGGCCGUGGCGUCCAUGGCCAUCAGGGAGUCGAUGCAAUACUAGCUGAGCUGCGCCUGCCCAUCAAUUCCUGAGCCUUUUCUUUUUUGUUUUCACAGAGCGAAACAGAUCAAUGUGCCCUUUUUUUUUGGAAGCGGCUCGUAAGCCUGCGUCGUCGAAUCUGACGCGCGGUGCACUCUGCUUCUUGAUCGAUUGAUCCAUUGAUUGAUCACCCGGCUUGUACAUUCCCCUUUUUUUUCUCUCCUGGAAAGGGUGUAAGAUAAUAUAAUUUCGUAGUGUAUACUCCGGCAGGGGAUGUCUCUGGAUGUGUCAGAUUUUGAGUUGUUGUACAGUUGUAUUCUUCGAGAAAAGAAAGAUUUUGAUAUCGUUCAACACUCCGCGCGGCAUUGCAUAAAGAUUGUAACCCAGCCAUUAGAGAU